AGUUGACUUGAUUCAACAAUCCUAGUUUCAUUCUCUUCCGCAGAGGCGAACGUAUUACAAUCCCACGUAGGCUUCGGCGCGAGCCGACAGUGGUAGCGAAUAUCAUACCCAUAUUCGUGCGUAAUAUGUGGGCUUGUAUGUAUGCGAAGGGAGAAGGUUGGAAUUCAGAUAAAGCAACGAGUCGUGUCGAGUCACCAGUCAGCCAGUCAUUAUUCCUCUGCAGUUUUGCCAAGUCCCAUUCGGUCUUAUUGUUAGGCGAGGAUGUGAUUCUUCCAAGCUACCUGUUGAAUCAGCGCUACCGAUAAACUAUGGCGUAUUUGUUGAAAAACUUGACAAACAGCAUCUGGCAUGCGUUUUACGCUCUGCAAGGUGACACCCCGGGUAUCGUCGCGAAAUCUAAAUUAAAGGUGUUGACAGCCAACUUUGGAACCUUGAUGGAUCUGUAUGGGGUUGAGAAGGGGCUCGAUGAUUACCGAAGCACCCAGUGGCUGACGUUCGAUCAAUUUUUAUAUUACCUACAGAAUGAAGUCUUUGCCUCUAUUUCUGAUGCAACACCAAUGCAAACCUGCAGACUUCUUGAAGAACGUAUCGAGGAGAUAUGCUGGCUUGUCUCUCGAAAAGCGUACGCAGAUCAGAAACACAGAGUCUUUGAAGAUCGCAGCAUUUAUCAACUCUUCAGAAUAUUCUGUCUUUUAGCAGAGAUGGGAACACAUAACGCAGAGUCAUCGUAUCUCAUAACCAUGCACAGCAACGAGGUAGCUCAAAUAUCUUCCCAACUCGUGACAUCAUUGGGUCUUCAUUGGGACUCGUCAGACUUUGCCGAAUUAUCUGCAGCGUUGACUGCAUUCAGAUUCCCCACAUUUCUGGCAGUGUUGGAGUCCAAGUACAGCGGUGGAGGAACUUUGGACACAGCUGCUGUAGCUGAGGCUAUAGAUGACCUUUACCAGAUCUAUGUUAAUGACGUCAUCAAAAAAGGAUAUCUGAUUAAGAAAGGAUUUCUCUUGCCAACAAUGCGAUACUACUGGUUUGUCCUUCAGCCGGGAAAAUUGACUUACUACAAAGAUGCCCAGCAGAAAGAUCCUGCUGGAGUGAUAACCCUAAAUGUAAACUGUUGGGCUGAUGCUGUUAAAGAUUCUGGAAAGCUAGAUAAACAGUUUAUUCUAAGUUCACCAGACAACAAGGCACUUGAACUGGUCGCUGAUGAUCAUAGGGGCAGAUUACAGUGGUUAGCUGCACUGCAAAUUGCCAUUGAUCAUUCUGGAGACAGAAUUGGCUAUCAAAGGUCUCUAGCGAUGCAAAGACGAUCCAUGCGGCUGGCUAAGAAACAACUGAAGGAAGAAACGGGGAUGGAAUUGCAGCAUGAACGCCAAGCACGAAUUGCCGCAGAGUUACAAGCAAGAAAGCUGGAGGCGUUAUCUAGAGAAGAAGGAGCCAAGGUACAAGAGCUUGAAGAAAUCAAAUUAAAACUUGAAAGACUUUUGGAGGAGGAGAAGCAAGCCUUACAAGAUGAAGAGAUAGUUCGUAACCUUCAAGCUCGAGUAUUGAAAGAAGAAUGGGAAAGGAGAGAGCAGCUAGAAAAACUACAACAAGAGCAACAGGAGCUCCUUGAAUCAGAAAGAUUGAAGCGCCUUGAAUUCGAACAGAAACAGCAAGAAAAUGAACUAAAAUUACAGGAAGCAGCAGCAAGACUUGAACAGCUAGAAUCUGAAAGACAGGGUCUCGAUGCAGAGCUGAGGUCUGUGCGGGAAAAAGUAAGACAAGCUGAAGGAGCUCAAAUACUAUUAGAGGCGCAAAUUGUUGUAACCAGGCCUUUGAGAGGUGGAGAACGAAUCAGACGUACUCAAAGCAUGAUUCCUACUAGUAAGGAAAGGUCUGAUGCAAUAGAAUAUUUAAAAGAUCGGGUUACUUCCACACAGGAGGAUAUUCACCCAGUAACGUAAACGCCGUAUAAAAAAAUUCCUCCUAAAAUUUGCCAUGAACUGAUUGCCAUUCCUGUAGGUAAUUAAUAACUAACGUAGUAAUAACAAUCAUCCUUUGCCGGUUUGAUAACAUGGUGCCCCGGGGUAACGUUUUGGUCGUUAGAUCAGUUAUUUUUAGUUCUGUUAUUUGUAUUUUAUCAAAAUGUAUUAAUAUACUCAUAAGUAAUGUUGGGUAAUUUUAUUUACAAUUUACAUUUCAUAUUCAGAGCUGUGUUGUAAUUAUUUAGUAUUUUGAAUAUAGAUUGUUCUCUAUUUACAAAUUAGAUAUACACAGAGAAAUACAUAUUUUUUACAUACCUAUAAUAACUUCACUAUAUCUGUCAGGGUAAAAUAAUAAAUAAAAUUUUUAACUAUCAAUUGCAUUAUGAAUCAGUAAAACAAAAUAUAACAACUUUUAAACGCAUAUGGAUGAAUCACAAGUAUUGUUGAUUUCCAUGGUGACUGUUGAAAAAUUGAUCAAACACAAUCGGCUAAGUUCUUCUGUCUGUGGAAUGAAUUUAGUUGCUUGGUCCAAUUCCCAAAGUAUACGUGAAUUUAACUUACUUACCCAGUACAUAAUAAAUUUUGAA